CGGCAUCUCAUUCUCGAGCUCUUACCGCGUUUCGUACCGUGUGAGAAAACUGGUGUAAGUAGUGUUUUUUAGCGAAAAUAAACAAAGAUUCAGCAGCGAACUGUCCCUUUCUAUUGAUGGCCGUUUAAUGCGUUGCUUGUCAGUGUAGUUUACGCGACCAAAGUGGCUACGGAUCGUUUUUUCGCAGUCGAAAUAAGCAUUUGCGGUAUCCACUGCUGCCGCCGUACUCUCGUGUGUGUGUGUGCCUUCCCGGUUGUGUCAGUGCGCCGGCUUCUUUCCGGGUGGUCUUAUGCGGUUGCAAUAAAAUCACAUUCCAAGUGUGGGAUGGUUGGGCAGGGUUAUGGAAAUUAAACUCUUUGAUUUGAGGCCGAUUAGGACCACAUUAAAUGUUGUAGGAAGAAAUGUUGACAUUGGCCGAGAGCGAUAGCAAAACCGCAGCCACAGAUUGUGUGUAAAUGUAUGUGUGUGGCUUGACCUUCACCUGCAAACAUGCCGGAACUGACUGAAAUUACGGAAAGCGCGGCCGCCGCCGCUGCCUCAAGCGCGACCGGUACCACAGAAGCCAAGCUGGAAGAUGCACUCAGUGACACAGAGACCGAGGAUUCUAUCCCGGACCUGGAGGAUGCAGGAGCGGCUGCAACGACACAACUGGCCAGUGAAAUCCCGGACAUCUCGAAAGCAAAACAGUCGCGCGGCGAAAAGAAGGCGCGCAAGAUCAUGUCCAAGCUGGGGCUGAAGCCGGUGCAGGGCGUGAACCGAGUAACGAUCCGCAAGUCCAAGAACAUCCUGUUCGUGAUAAACAACCCGGACGUGUACAAGAACCCGCACAGCGACACCUACAUCAUCUUCGGCGAGGCCAAGAUCGAAGAUCUCACCCAGCAGGCCCAUGUGGCGGCGGCCGAAAAGUUCAAGGCGCCGGAAGCGACGCCGGCCGCGGGCGAAGCGUCCAGCUCCACGAACGUCGUCACCCCGAUCGCGGAAGAGGAUGAGGAGGAGGUGGACGACACCGGCAUCGAUGACAAGGACAUCGAUCUGGUAAUGUCGCAGGCCAACGUGAAACGUGCAAGGGCCAUCCGGGCACUGAAGAACAAUGACAAUGAUAUCGUAAACGCGAUCAUGGAGCUGACCAUGUAAUAAUUGUUCGGGUUGCGUUAAUCACAACCACACACCCACACGCAACAUCAACAACAUAAAGCAAAACAAAAAAGGAAGCUCCCAUCAGUUUGUCUCUGUUAGUGUUCACAUCCUUCUCCUCCCCUUACCCUUCGAAGGCCAGCGCUGUGCAGACACGACGCACCACACCGCAUUCAUUGAACGCGCGAACAGCGAGCGGUGAGCGAAUAACGCUUCCCCAGGAGGUUCGUCGGUAAAAGAAGGAUCGAUCCGUUUUUGGUCGGGAAGAAGGAAUUUAUUGUGUGGUGGCUGUCGUUUGCCAACCGCCUACGAGGCUCGCUGUGCGUACGGUACCGUGCGCAUACAGCCGGGUCAGAGUGCGUUUGUAGCGACGCGCACUUUCUUACACCUUUAACAUUACAUUAAAGCCGAAAACAAAACAAAAAAAUGCUAAGUUUAUAUCGUAAACGGUAAUAAAAACCUAAACCAACAAAAGAAUAGUCAAGGCAGGCGAUUUCUUUUUAUCCAGACGUGUAUCCGGCUCGAAUUGGUGUGCUGCUCGCUUCUGUUUAACGCGUGUCUCCUUUUCUUCAGUCAAGCUGGUGUUGUUGCAUUUCACAAAAUACUUAAUCGAAUAGAGUGAGUGGUAUUAUACUAAAAUCAGCCUACUCUAAACAAGGAAUCGAACCAAAUAGGUAGCGGAGCUAAACUGCGAGGAAUUGGGUGUAAUUCGAUAAUAAAGUUUGCCUAUAAGCGAA